AUCGACAGUAACAGGAAUGGAUAAAAGACGCGCGAUCGCGAUAUUGGCACGUGUAUUUUAUACACGCGAAUUUUCCUUCGAAUAGGGGUAUGCAAUCUCUUGCUAUAAAUGUUACAUCUAGCAUAACAUAGAAAUGAAUAUUAUUCAUUACGCUGUUAAUCACAGGUCGCACACUAUGGCUGCCAAAAAGCUCGUUUAUCCUGCGGCGGACCGUAAUAAGGAUCCGAUAUUAUCAGUUUUAAAACGGUACAUCCAACGCGGCACCAAUCAGACCUUCUUGGAGAUAUCCUCCGGUUCAGGACAGCACAUGGCACAUUUCGCGCCGCAUUUCCCACACGUCACGUUUUAUCCUUCGGAGUACGAGCCGCGACUUCUGAGUAGCAUCGCCGCGUACGCGAAUGGAUACUCUAAUAUAAAAAGCCCCUUGAGAAUUGACAUCACCACGGACUUCCGGAUGUGGGGUGACGGUAUCUUCAAGCCGAACAGCUUGGAAUACAUAUAUAACGCAAACAUGAUGCAUAUCUCGCCGUACCAGUGCACCAUCGGUUUAUUUAUCAACGCGGGCCAAUUGCUGAAGCCGAACGGGCUAUUAAUCACGUACGGACCGUACGCUUUCGAUGGCCAGAUCACUCCGCAGAGUAACGUAAAUUUCAACGAGUCUUUGAAAUCGCAGGAUCCAAGUUGGGGUUUGCGAGAUGUAACAGACUUGAAAAAAUUAGCUGAAGAGAACGAUAUUAAAUUAAUAGAAAUCGUAGAUAUGCCAGCUAAUAACAAAACGAUAAUUUGGAAAAAAUAUAUGCAUUCAUAAGGAAUUGAAAUUGGUGAUACAGAUUUGCGAUUAAGUGAAAAAUUAUCGUUGAACUUAAAAUCAAGUCUAUUUUUAUUCAACUGAAUCUCAAAUUAUUACUUUUCUGGUCGCGCGAGGAAUCACUAAAAUAUAUUUUAAUAUU